AUGGAUAAUAUACCGAAGCAAGACGAAAUUAUGAUACUGGGGGAUUUUAAUGGAAGGAUUGGUAACGAGGUUAUUAGUGGAAUUAAGAAUCGGUUUAACGAAGAAACACUCAACAGCAAUGGAGAACAACUCAUACAAUUCUGUGCACAUAAUGAAUUACGCAUUAACAACACGUUUUAUCCCCAUAAACAACAGCACAAGUAUACGUUCGAGAACACAAGAGGACAUAAAUCGAUUAUAGACUACAUUAUUACAAACAGAAAUAUUCAUCCCUCAAAAAUAUUAGAUGUCAGAACAUUAACCUCAGUAAACACAGGGACUAACCACCAUAUGGUGCUAGCCAUAAUGCGGAACUGCGUACAAAGGAAAACCCAGAACAAACCGAAAGUGACAGAAAAGCUGAACAUAGAAAGCCUUAGCGAUGAUACCACAAAAUACCUCUACCAGCAAAGACUAAGGAAGGCAAUAAAUGAAAACAAGAUCUUGAAAGAUGAUACCGUAGAACUAGCAUGGAAAAGAUUAAGUACUAAUAUAAGGACAGCUGCAGAAGAAGCAUUAGGCAAACGAAAGGCUCCCGGCUUUGUAGGCAUAAAUGAAUCUGUUUAUAUUAUGGGCAGAAAACCAACCAAAAAUUCCCAAUUGAAUCCCGAUUCUUCACAGAAUAAAAAUGGCAGAACCAAGUACCAAAUCAAAAUAGGAAAACCGGGACAGAGAGCAACAGGCAUGGAGCCUAAAAACUCUAAGAAUAGGGAGAAAACUGAGUUAUCCAAAAUCAUAAUUCAGCAAAAAGCUGAUUAUGAAGCGCUGACAGAGAAGAUGGGACAGCAAGUCAAAUCCCUCGAAGAGAGAAUGAAAAAUUACGAACAAACGAUAAUCGAUAAAGACAAGCAAAUUGAGUACUUAGAGCUCAAAGUUAGAGUACUGGAUGACGAAAACGACACAUUGGUAGAAGAAUUAAGAAAGAAGCUAACCCAAUGA